UCUCUUGAAGAAUUAAAGUAUCCUGAUGCAACGGAGUUGGCCAUCAACAUAGAUGAUCUAAACACUGUCAUGGCAACAAUCAAUUUAUUCCAAGAUCUUAUCAGCACACAAGUUCACGCCCUGAACAAGACCCUGUCUGACCUGGAGUCGGCACCGUAUCCCUGGGUGGCUGUCAUCAUUCUCAAGUCUGUCAAGGACAGAGCUGCUUUGUUAAAAAUAACGUACAGUUCAUGGUUGAAC